UUUUUUCUUGCGUGAAAUUGAAGGCAUUGGAGCUAUCUUAUGGCACGAACCUUUGAGUGGUUUUUGAUUUCAUUCGUGGCAGAGUUUUAGUGAAUUGAUGGCGACGAUCACCGCGGUUCAUCUAAUUACAAGUCUGAUCCUUGUUCAACAGAUUCAAACAAGUUUUAAAGAAUUGUCCCUUGAGGGACGAUUGCAUGCGGUCACAGAGGAUCUCCAGAACAGACACCAGACGUGGGCGUCCAAGCCUAGGCCUAGGGAUCCUAUGUUAGCUCUAUAUAAGCACGGCCACUAUAGAGAGCAACACAAGCCAGAAGAGUCACAACCUAAACUGCUAGAGGAGGAGGGACAACAGAAAGCCAAUCGGAUUGUUGACAUUGAUCAUGUCUACUAUACAUCUAAAGUCUACGGCCCUGGAGAUGCACCAAGUAAAUACCUUUGGGUGAAUAUCAGUGAGAUGAAGAGGGAAGAGUGGAAGGUUUUCCGACUUCUGUCCAGCACGCACAGACAAACAGAGAGAGUGAAUCUUUCAUUCAGCUUUCCUUUUUAUGGUCACCUGCUGAAAGAAAUCACCAUUGCUACUGGAGGUUUCAUCUACACUGGAGAUGUACCCCAUCAGAUGCUCGCAGCCACUCAGUACAUUGCUCCCUUGAUGGCAAACUUUGACACGAGCUUGUCCAAAAACUCUACUAUGUUAUAUUAUGACAAUGGAACUGCACUGGUUGUUCAGUGGAACCAAGUCCACCUCCAGGACAUCAGUCUGGGAACCUUCACCUUCCAGGUCACUUUGCACAGUGACGGACGGAUUAUUUUUGCCUACAAAGAGAUUCCUGUCGACAUCAAUGACAUCAACUCUAAGAACCAUCCUAUCAAAGUGGGCUUGUCGGAUGCUUUCAUGGUGCUUCAUAACAUAGAACAGAUUCAUAAUGUUCGUCGGAGAACCAUCUAUGAGUAUCAUAGAGUAAACAUUCUAAAGUCGAAAAUCUCCAACUCCACAGCAGUGGAAAUGCUCCCUCUCCCAACAUGUCUACAGUUCUCCAGCUGUGGCCCAUGUGCCACUUCUCAGAUUGGCUUUAACUGCAGCUGGUGCAGUCGGCUACAGAGAUGCUCCAGCGGCUUUGAUAGAAAUCGACAGGAAUGGGUUGACUUUGGCUGCCCAGAGAGGCAGGAUCCAGAAUGUCUCCCGAUGAAAAACGUGAAAGAUGGAACAUCGCACCCCAUGAAGCAUCUAUCCUUUCCUUUUACAUCCACUUCAAAGCAGAUGAAGAUCUUAAACAUGACGUCCACCCCAUUCAGCAGGACAUCCACCACCAACAAGCUUUCUUCACACAGUGGAAAUGGAAGUAAAGACAAAUCAAGUGAACAGCAACCAGCUAACACAUCUGCAGAUGAUGGAAACACUGAGAGUAUAGAAGAAAGUGGAAAAGCGAUGCCUGGUGGCGUCCUGGCAGGACUCAUCAUAAUGAUGAUAGUACUGCUAGCAGCUGUUCUCAUGUCCACCUACAUGUACAAUCACCCCACCUCGAGCGCCAGUCUUUUCCUCAUGGAGAGACGUUCAACUCACUGGCCAAUCCUGAAGUUCAGACGGGGAUCAAGUCGACCAUCCUAUGCUGAGGUGGAAACUCCCGGUCAGGACAUAGACGGCUCGGUCAUCAUUGAUUUCAAACAAUCUUUUGUCAUUUCAGACAGAAGAGAGAGUGAGCAGAGAGAAGGGUUUAUAGUUCCUGAUCAAAGGGAGCGCUUUCUUGCCCCUGAAAGCUCCUGACCAAAGCUGUGUGUUGGGCUUCCGGGCAGAGCUGGUACUCUGUGUAACAUGUUUUCUCUUGCGCAUAAUGGACAAGUUCACUUCAGCAAGAAAGAGCAUUCAGAGACACAAAAGAUCAAACCUCAGUGAGAAUAUUUCAGCAAUGCAUUGGCAUGGUGAGCCAAUAGUCUUAUGUAAAAGGAAGAAACUUUAGGAUUGAUUUUACUCAUGCUCUUGUUUUCCACACAGAUUCAGGGCAGGAGGUGAUCCUGGCAAAUUUUUCCAAAGCAUUCCCCUGAAAGACAGCCGUUAUUUUCAAGAGCCGUCUUUUCCACACUUACUUCACAAAGAGGAAUGUCAUGUUUGAGUGUCACUUCCUGAUCUCAAAAAUACAGACAACAUUCCUUGGCAUGACACCCACCUUCCUCUGACGGGCAACAGGGGAAGGCCUUUUAAAGCCUUGUUUAUCUCAGAGUAAAGCAUUUCCAAACAGCAGCAUUUGUCUGCAGCUUUUAUAUUUUAUUAUUUUGUGCUUAAAAGGCAGAAAACAUUUACUGAUUGCAUUGCUGUACAAAAUGUACACUAUAAGAUACACAACAGGGAAAUAAUACAAUUAAACGUCACAUAUAAUUAUUUUAAUUUCAAGCUCUCAGAUGUAAGAGUUUUACAGUUUUUAUAACAUGCUACAUUUGCUCUUAUGUUUGUGGAAUUUGUAUUUUUUUAAUACACUGUGCAUCCCUUGAGUAUUACUUGUUUUAUUUAGUAGCUGCUUCUUCAUUUAGCCAUUGUUGAUUUCACAUUAUACAGUUUGUUACGUGUUAUUAAGGAAAAUCUGCAAGCAACAUCUUUAAAUUAAAAUCUUUAUGGUGCUUUGA